AUGAAUUCAGAAUCCGAGGGCGAUUUCACUGACGAAAACGUCGGCCUCAUCAGUAAAACGAAGAAAAAGGGCAAGAUUUUGGAACGAACUCCUCUAUUACAUCGCCCAAUGUCAUCAGCUGACCCAGUUACUGUCGAAUUCGGUCGUCGACUUGAGCGUGAAAGUGAAGAGCAUCAUGCUUCUAGCGAUGAUGAGGGAACUAAUACUGGAGAACAAUAUGGUAGUACUACGGGUGCCGACUUCAAAGCAGUUGUGGAUGAAGCAAUACGUGCUAUACAUAACGGAGUUUUUCCUGAACGUAUUGCACAAGGCUCAAGCGGUUCAUACUUUGUCAAGAACAUGCAAGGGAAAAUCAUUGGUGUCUUCAAACCGAAAAACGAAGAACCGUAUGGUCAUUUGAAUCCGAAAUGGUUGAAAUGGUUUCAUAAGAUAUUUCUGCCAUGUUGUUUUGGAAGGAGUUGUCUUGUCCCCAAUCAGCCCCUUGCAUUUUUCAUCAGGCGCUACCACUUUGCUUCGUUGGAGAACACGAAUUCAACAUUCAUGAGCUUGGAUGUUGCAGUUGCCAACGGCCACUUGAUUGAAUGUGGAGGACUUCUCGGGUAUGUUGCUGUGUAA